GAGCCUGUGCGAUGAGGCCCCACAGGUGAUGAGGUGACCCUUACUGGAACGUUGGGAACUCGUCCGAGGACCAGGACUGAGCUCUCAGCACCUGCAUGGCCACUGACAGGCAUCUGUAGCUCCAUCUCCAGAGUGAAGCUUCACAGUCCCCAGGGCUCCGUUCAGGACUCACAGAAACCUCCUGCACCUUGGUGAUGGCACAAAGGGACUGUUUGCUUACUUGUAGCCUGCAUGGCUGCCAAGAAGGAAGGCAGAGGUAGAGCACAUGGGCCUGUGGCACUCCUGGUAGCUUUGGAGCUCAGACCAUCGAGUCAAACCCUUUCCAGAGCCUGAGGACAGGCUCGUCUGAACCAGUGAUCUUGAGGCAUGAAUGAGAGAUCUUGCUCUGUUGGGACUGAGAACAAACUACGAGAUGGACAGGUGGAAAGUGUCUCUGCUGGGCACUCCUCAUUGUACAAGGACAGUGGCGCACUCAUGGCUUUCAGAGGAGUUCCGAUCUCAGAGCUGAAGAACCAUGGCAUUCUCCAGGCCCUGACCACAGAAACCAAUGGAUGGCAGCCAGGUGUUGUAAACCUGGAGGUGCUCAGAGCCCAGGAAGAAUGGGAAGUGGUGGACACCAUCCAUCCAGACACAGAGAGUGGGGUCAGCUCCCAGCAGCCUGGCCAGCUCAUCUCCUUCAGCGAGGCUCUGCAGCACUUCCAGACCCUGGACCUCUCCUCCUUCAAGAAAAGAAUCCAGCCAACUAUUCGAAGGACUGGGCUCGCCGCCCUCCGGCAUUGCCUCUUCGGGCCACCAAAGCUGCACCAGGACCUUCGGGAAGAAAGAGACUUGGUCCUCACCAUUGCUCAGUGUGGCCUGGACAGCCAAGACCCAAUACAUGGCCAAGUGCUGCGGACCAUUUACAAGAAGCUGACUGGCUCCAAGUUCGACUGUGCCCUUCAUUGAGACCACUGGGAAGACCUGGGCUUUCAGGGAGCAAAUCCAGCUACAGACCUGAGAGGGGCAGGCUUCCUUGCCCUCCUGCAUCUGCUGUAUCUGGUAAUGGACUCAAAGACAUUGCUGAUGGCCCAGGAGAUCUUCCGCCUGUCUCAUCACCACAUCCAGCAAUUCCCUUUCUGUUUGAUGUCUGUGAACAUCACCCGCAUUGCCAUCCAGGCCCUGAGGGAAGAGUGUCUCUCCAGGGAAUGUAACCGGCGACAGAAGGUCAUCCCAGUGGUCAACAGCUUCUACGCAGCCACCUUCCUUCACCUGGCACGCGAGUGGAGGGUCCAGCAGAGGACUAUCUCAGACUCAGGCUUUGUCCUCAAAGACUUGGAAGUAUUGGCCAAGAAGAGCCCCAAACGGCUUCUCAAGACGCUGGAUGUUUACCUAGCCCGGGUGUCAAAGGGACAGGCCUCCUUGUUGGGGGCACAGAAGUGCUCUGGAUCCCGAGGGCCUCACGCCAGGGACCUCACCUUCACAGGUGUCUGUGAUAUGCAGUCUCACUCAUCCGAGAGCGCGGGGUUGAUCUGACCCACCCUGGAGACCAGGGUUGAUCUGACCCACCCUGGAGACCAGACCAGGGUUGAUCUGACCCACUCCAGAGACCAGACCAGGGUUGACCUGACCCACCCCGGAGACCAGACCAGGGUUGACCUGACCCAUCCCGGAGACCAGGGUUGACCUGACCCACCCAGGAGACCAGACCAGGGUUGACCUGACCCACCCCAGAGACCAUUCCCAGAGAGGCUGCCUGGGUCGCUGGAGCUUUCACACCUGAAGAACCAUGUCUGAGCCCAAACCCUUCCUGCCUCUCUGCAGGUGACAUUAGGAUGCUCCCGCGUGUGGGUGGUGAAGCUUAAGUUUCUUCACCAACAUAGCUCAUUGGGCAGCUAGAAUUAACCUCCUUGUACCUUUGAAGCAAGGGGUCCUCUGUUGUUCCCAGCUGGGCCCUUGUUCACAGGGUUGGGCCCCCGAUGUCUCAGGGGGCAUGAACAGGCCGUGAAGUAGGACAGCCGCGUCUGAACGGCCUACACAUCCAGUCUACCCCUUCGCACCGAGAGAGAGUCCCAGCGAGUGGCUGCUGGGAUUCUGACUCCCCAGAAGCCGGCUCCACGUCUUGAGGUUGGAAAUUGGAAAGGCAGAGGCAACAAUGUCUUCGGCCAGUUGGGGGCAGCACAACACAGGAAAAAGCGACUGAUUGAUGCAGGCCCCUCCCUUCAGUCACCACAAUUUCCAGGACACUUUCUCCCCCUCCCCCUGCCCACCAUUGUUUGUGAUUUAGAAAUGGGCACAGGCCGGGGAUCCUGUGGAGACCGCGCACCAGGUUAACAAUGGCCAUCUGGCCUGGCAGAGAGGCGAUGGGAUCUCGCUCGCCCACUCGCAGUUUUAGAAUAAAGGAACUGUUGUAUCUAG